AUGAAUCCUCCAACAAGCAGAGAUGAAACAAACCCGCCAGAGCACUACAUGCCCCACUCUGCAGCAGGAGGAGGAGGGGUAGGGUAUCUGGAUGCCUAUGAGGUCUCUUUUGCCCCAGAAGAGAGUAUUGACAGACCGCCUGCCUAUCACAUGAACCAGCAGAUGAUGGAUGUGCCCGUGGUGCAGGAGUCUCCUCACUCUCAGUACAGUCCUUUCAUCCUGGUCUCUAACCUGCGAGCUCACCUGUACGUCGCUCUGGAGAAGAACACCUGGCUGCAGAAGCACAUUGAGGAGCUGGAGGAGGAGCGCAACUUCCUGCGCUGUCAGUUGGAUCGCCUCAUCAUGGGCGUGAGGACUCAGGAGGGUGAGACAUCAGGAAACACAUCUCCGGUCAUCACUCCCUCCCCUCCCUCACCUAUGACCACCAGGUCAGGAAUGACCCUCAAACGCCUGCAGGGACCAGGACCUCGGACCCGCCGCAGCACCGCCAUCCCUGUCAAGCAGGAGUAUCACCUCGAGGAGGAUAAGUACUACACCGAGGACGAGUAUGUGGAGGAAGAGGAGGAGGAAGACGAAGAGGAGGACUCGGCAGUGGAGGCAGGGUCAAAGAAGAAGGGGCGAGGACGAGCCAAAGGAGAGCCGAGGAUGAAGAUGAGGAGGAUCUUCAGGAUCACCCAUGGGAGGGAGAGGCAGAGAGUCAAAGACCCAGACGGUGUUCUGAUUCGUUACAAGAAGAUCCUGACUACCUACCAGCGAGUGAGGAGCAUGUCCCGAGCCUUCCAGAUCCACGGAGUCGACCGAAACACGAUGGCCUCCACGUCCCCGAUCGCUGAGCUGCUUCUGGUGGCGCCAGAGAAGGUGGCGGAGGUCGGGGAGUUCGAGGCGUCUAAGGAGAAGCUCUUAGAUUACGCCAGGCGCUGCUACAAGACGAUGGACGAGCCGACGCACGGUAAAGUCCAGACCAUGAAGAAGACUCACAAGCUGCUGCCGAUCUCCUACAGAUUCAGGAACUGA